GAGAGUAGAGAGAGCUUAACGGCUAUUGCAAAUAUUUUCUUAAUCCUCCAAAGCCCUAACACAUAGUAACAAUGGCUCAUCAGACGAUAUCGAUCUCUCUUCAGUGCCCUAACGCACAAUUUUCUCCGAAGAUCUGCAUUUUUAAACGGCCUGUUACAACCUUUCCCUCUUCUAUCGUCAGGUUUCCUAGAACAUCUUCACUGAGUAGAAGGGUGGUUUGUGCCGCUUCCUCAGCUGCUGGAAGUUCUAGUUCAGACAGUAAUUUCAAUCCGUAUGAGGUUCUUGGUGUGAGUCCCAUUGAGGGAUUUGACAUGGUCAAGGCAGCUUAUGCAAGAAAACGCAAGGAUGCUGAGAGGAGAGGCGAUGAAGUGACUGCUGCAGAAUUGGAGAAGGCAUAUGACAAAGUCAUGAUGGCACAAUUAACGAAUCGGAAGAAGGGUGUGACAUUUGGUUCAUUUAAGGUUUCAAAGGAUAUCAAAUAUGCUGAUAAGCAGCCAAUUGUACCAUGGGGCCCAAGGUUCACCAAGUCCAGUGUUCAAGAUAUGCGAAUCAAUAUGGCAAUAUCUGCUGUAUUUACAGCUUGGAUUUUUAUCAAACGCAAUGCUGAAUGGAAACCUUUGCAAUUUUUAGCCUUUGUGUUUGUAUAUCGGAUUUUUGAGAAGUUAAAAGCAUUUGAACCAGCUGUAUCCCCAACACUUACAGAAGAUGGUGAGGAUGAAGGGCGAGGUCUAAGAAUGGGUAAAAGACUGCUUCGUUCUCUAGCACUGGUUUUUGGUUGUAUAGCUGUUUCAUCCUUGGGAUUCACUGGUAUCCUAAAUUUGAUCGAGUAUGUGGGCAGUUUUAUACCUGCUUUCUUAUACAAUAACCAGGAACUGUUUGUGACUGCUUCAACGGCACUCAUGCUCUACAUUUUGGCUACAUAUUACAGAUGAUGAAUCUUUUCCACUGGGUGAGGAACAAAAGCAAAGCUCGGGUUAGGGUUGCCUGCCACAAUGCAGCCCACAAAAAAUUCUUUCUUUUUGCUGCCAUUUCUACCCAACCAUGAUCGAAUGCAAGAAUUAUUGCUGCGAUGUUGCCAAAGCGAUUAUGAUUUUAUAACAUGCAGUGCAUUAGAAACCACCUAAGGAUUAAACCGGGACAACAUGGAUUCGAUUGAAGUCCAUUAGAUGAUGUGUUCUAUACUAAGAUUGUUUCUGGGUUGGUUAAUUUUCUUAUAGGGUUUGGAAGUUUUUUAGGAAAUCUUUUUUGCUGCUAAAUUUAAUGGGCUUCAUGGUAUGGUAUGUUGCACUGGCUCAAUCCAUUUUACAGUUGAUUCUUUUAAUCCAGUAUUCUAUUUUAUUUA